CCAAACUACCAAAUCUUUGCUAAUUUUCGCUUAAUAAUAAAUAUUAUUAAUAAUGUUAAAUAUGAUUAUAUUUCAACGAUUAUUUCAAUGAUUAUAUGUCAACGAUUUCACAGAUUACGCGACCAACUUGUUAUUCCCCUUUCCCCCACAUCUACAUGACACAACAAGUUUAUUUGUCAUACGAUGUUUCGGCGUCAACACCGCUGCAGAACGUAGUGCGCACGCGCAGCCUCUUAUUUCCGGCGGGAAAUUGCCGGGCGCCCGCCCCUAUUAAAAUUGUUUAGCAAAACAAAACAAACCAGUUUCCGGCCGCGAAAUUUAAAAAAAAUAAGAAGUACACAAAAAAAAUAAGCCUGAAAAGUUUACAUCACCAAGAUAUUGAAAUUUUCUAUCUCUGAAAUUUUGCACCACCUACUUUACGGCCUGCACCAAAGUCGAAAAUAAUGGAUAAGCAUCGGAUGUCGUACCGGCAGACCUUCGUGGUCGCCAUUAUAGUUGUUUUGGUUGUAGCCUCGCUGGGUUUCGUUCAUGCAAACGACGAUGCACAACACUGUAUGAUGAGUUGCAAAACUAGAAACGGAAAAGGAUGCAUUGGUCGACUUUACCAGCUUUCCGAGGAGCUUAGUCGUGUCGCUAAGUUGCCGGUAGGUUCGCAUGUUUGCCGGCGACAUUGGGAUAUGUUACGAAGAAGCAACUUGCGCUGCUCAUGUCCCAUGCACGAUAAACAACAGCCCUCACGUCUGAACAAGCAACCUAUUCCAAGUCGUUUUUAUCCGGUAUUUGACGAGAUUGGGCUAACAGUGGCAGGAUACCAGCCUGGUACUCGGUGGUGUUACCGGUGCAAGUUGCUCGCCUAUAAGAAAUUUGAAAGCCGUCCUCAAACAAGUAGAAAACCAGUCGAGGAAAAAGCAAAUAGUAGUACAUCCGCCAUCAGCACAGAACAACAACUACAAAAGAUAUUUCAGUUUACGGGAUCCCCUAUUCUACACCUCCAUGAAAGUAUGCAAGAUAUAUCUAUGUCAGCACCUACCAUAUCCCAACUGGAUCAAACAAAGCAACAAUUUGGAAGGCUGUUUUCAAGACUUGAAGCUCUAGCAGACAUAUGUGACAUUCAUCUCCUGGAAACAUGGAAAGAGCUGCAAACUCCCCUAGGUACCAUCAAAAUUGCCCCAAAUGGCAACGUGUUAAUGGAUAGUCAAGUAUGGGACCAAAUAAAGACAACAAUCAAAGAAUUGGAUGAAGGUAAUUCACUGGGCCAACUAGUGCAACAAUUUCAGAUGGCUCUAUACCAUCAUGCCCUCAGUAGUGAAGCUCCAUUAUAUGAGCCAGCAGCAAUGAAAGCGUUCACACAAAAACACUCUCCAGGUCUGUUUGAAAUGCUUUUAAGUUCAAUAACAAGGGAGGACUCCAGACUCUCAGAUGAACAUCAAGCUGUACAGGAGCAAAGAACUGUUGUUCUCCUUCACACACUGGCAUAUUUCAGGUCUCAGAAAACUUCCACCCUACAAAAGGAUGAAGGGCUAUUCCUACAACAUCAUGGUGCUUCUAGGAUAGCAAUCAAUUCAGGAAGGAUACUUGGUUUCAGUACAAGUCCUAGAAAUAUUGAUUCUCACAAGAAAGCACUAAUAACAAAAUAUCCAGACAUACUGAUGAGAAAGGUUAUCCUGGCAACAGAGAAAGGAUUCCUAAUUGUACAACUGUUGGAUGACUUCCAUAAUAUUUUGACUGUUAGACUACCAACAAAUCUGAAGCUAUCAUUAGCUACGCACAUGGCUAGUGGCCUACUGGACAUCCAUCCUUCAAUUCCUGCUGUUCCUAUUCCUACAAGAGAUACAAGACACAGCCGAGUGAUUGUGAAGAUAGGGAAUGAAAAUAAAAUUUGCAGAGGAGGAAUUGUUCUAGACUACAUAUAAAGAGUUGUUUCAAAGACCAGUGUUAUCAAGAAUGUACUUGGAAACAAAUCACCAAUGCAUUUCACCAAAAUACAUCCAACAACAACUAAAGGAAUUGAGGUAUUCUAUGGAUUUUAAUGUAGUUAUUUAAAGGUCAGCAAUCCAUAUAAGAAAAAUACUGUUUUCUCUUCUUAAAAAAUGUUUUAAUAUUGACACUUCCUAAAUAUUUUUCCAGGAACAAUACUUUAUUCCCCUAUAUGGACCUACCACCCAAUAAAUAUGUACCUCUUACAUUAGUUUGUGAAAGCCAUAUACAUAAUGAUUAAUAUCAAUUUUACUUUUGUUUAGUGAGUGCUAUUACAAAAAAAGGAGUAGAGUAAAAUAAAAACAAAAACAAAUAUGGAACAUUAAAUAUGCCAAAUUAUCAUUUUUUUCUUUUUUUGUAGGGUCUAUUCUGGGUUGUCGCAUGAUGAGCUCUGUACCCUUGAGUCUACUAAUUUAAUAGAUGAGUUUGAGCAAUCUUUGAAAAGUAUGGAGGACUAUAAAUCAGCCAUUGAUCACAUAUUCCUGUGCUGUCCACAACUGGAACAUUACUU